GUGUGCGGGGGGCUGUGUGUGUAUGCGUGUGUGUAUGCGUGUGUGUGCGGGGGCCUGUGUAUAUGUGCGGGGGGCCGGUGUAUGUGCGGGGUUCAGUGUUCGUCCUGGGUGACACCGCUGGCCCGCUGCCUUACAUGGGCAAACCUCUGAACUCACUGCGACGGCUGGAAUUUCACGCUCUGACGUCACGCCGCACGUUCUCUCCCAGUCCCACUAUUUUUUGGACCAAGAAACUUUUUCACACUAAUUUGGUUGGAUUUUUGCAGCCGCCUGAUUGAUUCUUAGAAAGCGAAGAUUUCAAGACGUCAUUUCAGCAUUCAACUUGGACUUCUUAAACUCCGCAGGAAAAAAAGAUAAGGAGCCUGAGUUGACGACCCUCAUUGCUCUGUGCACAAGUUAAGAACCAUGUGGAACCAGGGAGACCAGCCAGCCCACGUUUCUGCCAGGAUGGAGACCACGCCCCCUAUAGGCAGUGCCAGUAUCUCCGUGUCCCAACAGCAAUCGCCCAAGAAGUUCGCCCCUGUGGUUGCCCCAAAACCCAAGUUCAACCCGUACAAACCGCCGGCAGAAGCAGACUACCCACCCCCUCCUCCACCUCCGGAAGAGCUAACCACUCUGCCAACAUCACCAGGCACCUUCUCUGCUCCACCCCCAACCAACUCCUACGACCCCUACCAGAUGAGGACUCCAGAGAAGACACUGGAGGAGAGGCGCUCCAGUCUGGACGCUGAGAUUGACUCUCUCACCAGUAUCUUGGCUGAUCUGGAGAGCAGCUCGCCCUACAAGCCCCGCCCCGCACAGAACUCUGGUACGUUAGCCACCUCUUCUCCAAAUGCCCCAGUCACCGGCUACAAGCGAAUGGUCAUCCCGACUCAGCCUCCUCUCACCGCCACCAAGAAGUCCACUCCCAAAGCUCAGUCUCCCGCUGCGGUCCAGUCCACUCCCCUCACCUCCACCAAACCAGUGUCCCAACAGCACCCUGCCCCUCAGCCUGUGCCUGCCUCCUAUGCCACUGCAUCCACCCCGAGCCAGCCCACUUUCAAUGUGCAGGUGAGGUCUGCCCAGCCAGGACCCCAACAACACCCCUCUCCAGCAGGGCAGGGGUACAACCAGCACCCCAUUCGCAGUCCAGCCCAGGUCCAGUACAUGCCCGCCCAGCCAAAGGGUCCCGACUUUGCCUACGGACCCCCACAACCGGGCUUCUCUCCCAUGAGCCAUGGAGGGUAUCCUGAGCAACAGCCCCGAAGACCAGAGCCUGUCCCAAACCAAGCGUACCAGCCAGCAGCACCCAAGAAGACCUAUAUCACAGAUGUCCCCCCGAGUCUGGCACCCUAUUCGCCUGGACCAACUGUGCCACCAAAGGGCAGUGCUCCCGUGACCCACCCGGAAGAUGAGCUUGAACGCCUCACUAAGAAGAUGCUGUAUGACAUGGAUCACCCUCCAUCUGAAGAGUACUUUGGGCGCUGUGCCAGCUGUGGAGAGAACGUGGUGGGCGAGGGCACCGGCUGCACGGCCAUGGACCAGGUCUUCCACGUGGACUGCUUCGUGUGUAUGACCUGCAGCAGCAAACUGCGCGGAAAGCCCUUCUACGCAGUGGACAAGAAGGCCUACUGCGAGCCCUGCUAUGUGAACACCCUGGAGACAUGUAACAGCUGCAGUAAGCCCAUCAUGGAGAGGAUUCUGCGGGCCACGGGAAAGGCCUACCACCCGCACUGCUUCACCUGUGUGGUGUGUCACCGCAGCCUGGACGGAGUGCCCUUCACUGUGGACGCCUCCAACCAAAUCCACUGCAUCCAAGAUUUCCACAAGAAAUUUGCCCCCCGUUGCUGCGUGUGCCAUGAGCCCAUCAUGCCUGCUCCUGGGCAGGAGGAGACGGUCCGCAUCGUGGCUCUGGACCGGGACUUUCAUGUGCAGUGUUACCGCUGUGAGGACUGUGGCUCCCUGCUAUCUGAAGGAGAGAACCAGGGCUGCUACCCUCUGGACGGACAUGUGCUCUGCAAGAACUGUAACAGCAACCGCAUCCAAGCUCUGACCGCCAAGGCCACCACCGACCUGUGAACCCUGUGUGACCUAUGACCUCUGAGCAGCAUCCAGACCCUCCCUCCAGAGUACAUCGGCAUCUGAUAUGUUUUCCCUAGUCGUAUUUUACUAUGCUUCAGUCCAUUAUAGUAUUUAUGCUGUUUGAGGCCAGUCUAAUGCAUUGAAUUCAUACUUCCUGAUAUUAACAUAAACAGUCCUCAAAAUGGAUACCACUUUUUUAACCAGCUUAUGUUUAACUUUAUCUCUAGAAUUUCAUAUAUUUUCUACAAGCUAUGAGAAGUAAGAGUUUGAUAUUAUUAGCGCACGGCUUCUUUUUACACCAUAUAGCAUCCAAUGGUAUAUAAUAAUAAGUAUAUAAUAGUGAACUGAAAGCAAGGCGCUCCCAGGUCUCAAGAUGUCUGCUUCAGUGUUGGGAGUUUAAGUCUCAUCUUUGACAAUUUGCUGAAUGUCUCUUCCACUCUUUACCCCUGUACUGCCUUGUACAGUCUCCUCACAACCAGAUUUUACUGAUUUCAGGUACAAUGUAUUUAUAAUGGUAAAAGUACUUGCCAUUGGAGUAGCAGUGUAGUAGUCUCUUUGUUCAAGUUCUUGGUACAACUUUUUCAUGCUUUAGAUAUAAUCCUAAACAUGUGAUGCCUUAUUUUGCCAUAUCUGAAAAACCACACAACAUUGACAUGAAUAUAAUUUCAAUGCAUUACGGCUGGUCACAAUCAUACUAUCCAUAUUUCCAAGCAGGGUCUGAAGGAGGUCUGUGUACACCCGCUUGCAUUCCCUUCCCUUUGAUAUCCUAUACUGUACUUUUGACUUUUGAACUCUCAUAACCAGUCUAGUGCUGUUAAAUGCUCCAUCGGUAUUAUAAUCUCAUAUGUACUCAUCUUUUCGCACCGUUUCAUCUCGAGUUCUGCUCCACAUUUUGCGUGCACAAUUGCUGAAUUUUCCAGUCUGUGAUCUAAAAUAGUAAUAGCAAAAACAUGCCAUUUGUGUGACACGUGUGCCCUGCAGGUGAAGUCGUGCGUGUGAGUUUGAGGAGCAUUUUUCAAAACAACAUAGUAUUUUUAACUAGCUCCAUUUACAUUAUUUGAGAGAAAUAAUAGGACGGGAACACCAAAGAGAGGCGUCUGUCAGCCCACUGUUGGGUUUAAUAGGAGCGAAGAGUGUUACGGGCCACAGGGAAUAUUAUAACAGCUACUAUAAGUGUCAAACGCUGCCAAUACCUUCCUAUUUUUCCUUUAUACUUUAACUGGUGCAGUGGUUCUCAAACAUUUUACACCAAGUAUGCUCAAUAUAAGAAUAUGUUGGCUUUAAAUAAAUCUACAGUAUGGCAUUUAUUUAAUUAUUACCUGGGAUCUAGAAUACACACUUGUCAUUGGUGAAUCUGAGUUUAGAUGGGUGUGACUGACAGGUGGAUUAGCCAAUCAGGGGCAUGCAUCAUCUGUCCAUAUUAAACAAGGAAAAAAGAAAGAAAAAUAUCACAGGGGAAUGAAAAACAUCACGGAUCUUUGCAGAAUUAAUGAGGGAAGCACUAAACUAGGUGACCUGUGACCUCCUUUGUUAAAAAAUACUGUGACAUUUAAUUCUGGAUCUGCCAGCCAAUUAAAUUAAAGCUGUUUUAUUGCUUAAAAAUACAUAGGAAAACGUGCAUCUGUACUGUGAGUAGGCUUGCCUCUCCACAGAUGUGACCUGUAACUUGGCUUGGUAGUGUGUCACCUUCUCAUCUCCAUGGAGACAGAUUAUAGAUAAGAAUAUAAGUUUACUGGCAUACUAUGGAACAUUCCAGGCUAAACUUGGCCCUGUCACACUGUUUGAGAACUAGUGCUCCAGUUUGUUUAUAGAUUUCAUUUUGAACAUUUAGUAUUAUUCAGUCACACCACAUCUAUGCAACACUUAAAGCCCACUGCAGACACUUUAUAUGAAAGAGAAAAAUACACUUUUUACCUGUACUGAAAUAUCCUCUGUAAUCAGACUGGUACUGGUGGCGCUGCGUCACUCUAGAGUUUACCAUGUUUUAUAAUUAUUAGGUGAAUAAGGGACCAUACAAGCUGUUGUAAUAAAAGAUUUUAUUCCAUUUAUAUCCUUGGACCAAUAGGUUACAAGGAUUUGUAUUAUUUGAUUCAUUUUAAUAUAUGCAAGUAGCAUUUUGCAUAUUUCUAAAACUUUCUGGAUAUUUAGAAAUACUGGUGGUAAUUGUAUGACUUCACCUUCUUUGGGAAGAUGUGAUUAAAUGUUUUAAAAUGAGUGGUACAGCAGCAGCACUCCUGCCACUUAGCAAGGAGGUUGUGAGUUCAAUUCUCAUUCUGGCCAAACCCAAGUAUUUUAUAAAAUUGAUCCUUUUGCCAAAUUGAAUGUUAGAGUAAAUGUUGUAUCAUUGUGUGUCUUUCCAUUGUUCAGUGCCCCUUUAAAGGCUCAUAUUGCUGAUAAUAGAAAUAAGUGGAAUAACUUGAAAUAACUUUAUAUUUUCAACUCUAAUUCUAAUUAAAUGCAUGAUUCCUCAAAUUUAAAGGUCAUAUAUUACUGAAAUUUGACUCUGAGCUUUAAGCCAUGUUAAAAUGCUGUUUUCUGGAGUUGUGUUUUGUUUCAUUCACACAUGUUUGAGUAACACUUUAUUAUUAGUCUGUCUAUAUCUCCAAAGCUCAAAAUGCUCUGUUCCACCUUGUGAUGUCAUGAAGCAGCAGUUUUAAUGUUAACAGCUCCUCUUUACCUUUUGUUUAGUAGAGACUGGAAAUUCUAGGGCUGAAAUGAUCCAAAUGAUUCUAGUGAAGGUGUGUGGAGUUUAAAAACACAGUGGAGCAUCUCCUGUGUUGCCUCAUGACAUCACAAGAUGGAACGAAAGAUGGAGUGUUUUCAAUUUGAGAAAAGAACACAACCUAAUUAAGCUGGAUUUGUGUGUCAAACAUGAAUGAAAAAAACAAAACAAAGCAAAACUCCAGGUAUGUUGUUUUUGUUGUUUUUUUUAAAUGAGGAAGCAACAUUAUAAUCAAGAUAGACAAAACAAAGACCAAAAAAAGACAAAACAAAGCAUUGAAGCUGUGGAAAGAGAUCUGUUUUUGUUGAAUGGAAAUUAUAAUAUAAACAUUGGUCCAACUUAAGAAUUUGAGUUGCAAAAUAAAAUGUAAAAAGUAUUUGAAACCAACUUUUUGUGUCAAACUCUGCAGAGGGGGAACACUUUGUUACUAUGCUAUAGCUGACUCUUCCUAUAAACAUACACUCAAAUCCAAAUCUGUUUCAGUACUAUAUAUGCACUUCCCAAAAUGACUGUAGCGUAGUCUGAAGGUGAGGAGGAGCGGGACCCUUUGUGGUGUUCACUAUGUACAGAGCAUGCAGCUGUCACUCAGUGUGUGCCUGCAGCGCCAGAGCACACGAGGUUACCAAACCCAAACUCUACGGCCCCGGGACAUUUCACAUCGAUAUUUUGGAGCGCAUAUUUUAGACGACCAGUUCAAGGGUCACGCACAAAAUCCUAUCGCAAAAUAGGAGGGAGAUAUUGUAUGUUGUGGCAAAUGACUUUCAGAUACUUUUUAGAGAUAUGAAAAAGUCAUCAAGCCUCGAUGUAAACAGCUCAAUGCGGAGACAAAGAACUUCAACAAUAUAGUUUAGUGCUGCAUCUACUUUAUUAAUGAAUCAAAGACAAUAGAAUAUGCACCAAAUAUGCUAAUUUGGUGUCUGCAACAAAUCUCAAAUCAAUAAUGCUAACCAGCUUUGCUUUUUGAAAUGAGUACACCCCCCUUCCCUGUCAAAAGUGUAUUGUGAACACUGCUUGUGUCGCCCUCUCAUAAAGCUGUUUCUAGGAACUAGUUGGACAGAUAUAAAUACCUAAUUCCUCCUGUCAUGGUUUGAAAAUCAAGUAGAUCUGUACCUUAAACAUAAAACAAACAAAAUGUAGCAAAACAUAAAGGUACAGUGGCACAGUGGUAAGGACUUUGUCACACAGUAAUGAGGUCCCAUGUUUGAUCUCCAUGUUGUCUAGGCCCUUGUAGCUUGUGUUCUUCCUGCAUGUCCAGGUAAAUGUCUUCCCACAUGAGCCUAAAACAUACACAACUGGUUAUUCUCCAGCUAGCUACUCCUGACCAAGAUCCUAACAGGUUACCCCAACAGCAUUGAUAUGGGUCAAAUGCAGAUGACCAUUACAACUUUAGUCUUUCCAUUUUCCAACACCUUUUUCAGAUUGUCUCCUCCCCUUACUGUAAGCAACUCAAUGCAAGGAUAUGCAUCACACACUUGAGUGUGUGAUGCAUAUCUCUUCAUCCUUUGUGACACACAUCGCCUUACCUGAUUACUGUUUGUUGGUCUCUACCAUAAACGUCCAUUAUGCCCCAUGUUGCUGGGCUUCCAGCGGAAGGCGUCAAAGAGCACUCAUGUCGUCAACAAUAACAACAUGGACUCACAAGUGCACACUAUGAUCUGGCUUAACAAGAGCUAAGCAUGUUUAGUCCUGCUCUGGUUGGGUUACUCAAUGUAUUCUGCAAUAAGCAGUGGACAGAGGGCACUUUUAGCGUAGGAACACAACAGAAGAACUAUUUCCUGCAGGCCAUUUCUGAGCAGGUAGCCACUCUUUGUAAUUGUGGCAAAGGUAACAAUUGUCAUUGUUAGCUUUCACAUGUGGAACCAUAAUCUUAACCCAUCAGCUGAAAGGAUGUGAGUAGCUUCAGUGAUGUGAUUUCUUCCAGAUGAAAUCCCUCAAGACUGACCAAGAGUUUCAAAUGGACAUUGUAUGAGCUGUAGGAUUGAGUAACCUUCAUAUUAUGUGGCCUAUGCAGUGAAUAGAUAUGAAAAACAUUUUUGCAAUAGACAAAGGCUGAAGGUCUGAUGGAAAUUAUGCUCAAGAAUUCUAUAUGUGUAAACAUGAAAAAAAAAACAUAUUAAUAACGUAUCUUACAUAAUGAAAUGUAAAUUAGCAAAGUUAGUACCAAGCACUAAGUAGUUUGCACAAUCUGAAAUAAACAUGCACAAUUGACUCAUUCGUAUUUAUUUGUAGAAUAAGGACAGGUCCAAGAAUGCUUCAAAAUUGGCAAACUCAAAAUCAAAUAGCUUUUUUAUAUUUAAACCCUGAUUUCAGCGUAGUUUGCAUCACACCCCCUGACAUGCGGAGUUUGACCAUUCCUAUAUUUGUUUAUGAAGACAUCCAUUGCAUUUGUGACGAUCUAAAACUUCAAAAUGGUCUAAUAUGUUUGUUUUAUAUUGUCACUGUUCUCUGCUCUUGUAUUGAAUGAGUGUACUGUUGCCUGGUAUUUCACUCUUGUUCACUUGUCUGGACCAAAGUUGAUACAGAUUUAGCCUGCGCCAGAUCCAUGUGUCUCCCUCUUCUGUUGUUCAGACGUUGGGUUUGGGAAGGGCCUGUAGUCAACGCUUUCUUCCUCCAAUAAAGAGCUUUGCAUCAGCCUCA